GAUUGAAGAUAUUUUGAGAUGAAUUGCAAUGGAACUACGGGAUUCUCUGGGGAAAACAAAUCUGGAGGAUCCAUGGACAAUAGGUCCAUCAUUACGUAUGCGGGAGAUGAAGCGUUGUUUUCAACGAUAAAGAACAAUCUCCUGCAGGCAAUACCCCUAGACAUCGUGGAAUGGCGAAGAUCCUUCGGACGUCCCUUAAAAAAAAUAAAACUCAACGCAUCAUUCGUGCAAUUCUCCCGGGAUGUUCUGCCCUCGGAGAAAGACUGGCACCUGAUAAAACAUCCGAUACUCCACAUUUACUGGAGUGAAUGCUCAGACUUGGACAUGUACAAACUAAAUAUCAAGGAUGACAUCGACAGUUGGUUGAAGACCCUGAGCCAAUUCGGAAUCCAGGACUGGAUGAUAGUAAUCGUCGAGACGUACGACAUAAAAAAAACCAACAAACUAAUCCCCAGGACAACAGUCCUAGAUAAAAUUCGCAGUGAUUUCGCCUCAAAGCACGGCGACAGAUGCCUGUCAGUGAUAAACCCGAUAAAAUCGGAGUCCCGUUCCGCCGAGUCCUGGAGGGGUCUUCUAUCAAGAAUUCGCCACCUUACGCUAACCGCGUACGACAAAACACUUUCAAAAUUCGAGGAGACGAUUCGAGAGCAACGAGAGCGUCGAAACGAGUUGUCCUGGAAUUUCUGUCGAUAUUUCCUCCUGCAGGAGGAGCUGGCCUUCGUCCUGGAGAUGCUGGGGAUAUAUGACGAGGCACUGGUGCAGUACGACGAGUUGGACGCCCUUUUUACCCAAUUCGUCUUGAACUCCGACGUGGGGGAGACUCCAGCCUGGCUGGGGACCUUCCAGAGUCCUCUCAACAGCUGGGCAGGAGUUAAACUCGAUAAUUCAGUAGAUCACCUGAGGACUCUCAUCGCUGAAUGCACGUCCUCCCUCCUGGACCUGAGGAGCUACCUCUUCUCCAGGCAGUGCGCCCUUUUGCUGCUGCUGGAUAGACCCUGGGAGGCAGCACAGAGGUGUUUAUCCUUCGUUUACAAUACUCUCAGUGAACUCAAAAUCCUCGAGGUCCAGAGGCCCAGAGGAUCUGUCGAAUGCUGGGCAUUUCUCUGUGCCCUGGAGGUUCUUCAGACGUGUCAGUCGCGAGUAUCAAAUGGGGAUAAUGGACAGCAGGUUGAUCUGUGCUCUCUUCAUACAGCUGGACUGUGGGCUCUUGCCAGUGACAAGCUGGGGGAACUUGGGAGAAUAUGUGGACUCAUGCCUGGGAGUGAACCAACCAGCCAGCAACUGCACACUGUUGUUUAUCUAAUUGCUGGAAUGGGAGACUCCUGUGAUCAGGGAAAGGGAAAGAUUUCCCCAAUUGACAGACUGAAAGGGGCUCUCUCAUCCAAGGAGGUGUUCAGGAGGCAGUAUCUGGAGCACACCGAACUUGCCAUGGGCACAUACAAGCAUGUGGGCCGGAUACGAUCAGCAAGAUUCAUAGGAAAAGAGCUAGCAAAAUUCUACGGUGACCUCGGGGAGAACCAGAAAGCAGUGGCAUUUCUCCUGGACGCCCUCAACACAUACGUGGACGAAAGGUGGGAUGAUCUGGCAGCUCAGACUCGACUGGAGCUAGCUCAGUGCUACAAGCAAAUGGACGACACCGAGAGAUACAUAAAGAUCUGCAGUGCAAUAGCGAGUUCCGAAGUCCUUCACAUCACAGUCCGUAGUUCCUACUUUGAAGAGAUGAUGGGAUACAUGAAGAUGCUGUCGUGCCCACUGCUCACUGAGCUAGAGGACACCUUCACAAUUCUCGAGCUGAACGUCAAGGUCUCAGACAAAGUUGUCCAGGAUUGCAUAGUGAGCAUUGAUGUGACAAUGACAUCUCGAUUACCGAGAGCAGUCGAUUGUACGAGGGCCCUGAUAUCCACAGAAGAAGUGAAGAAACCCCCUGGUGCACCGAAAAAAAAGGGAAAGCCUCCAGAGAAGAUUCCCCUGGUCUCCAAAUGGACUAUCGACUCCCUGAAACCCAGGAAUCACCUGCUGAUGCCCCUUCGAGUCCACUCAUACCUCGACCACAACGAGAACAAGACACUGACAACAGCUGGUGUAAUCGACAAGAGUUUUGCUCCAAUUGUCACCAGAUCUGAUAGCUCCAAGCACAGGAAACCAUCAGUGGACACCAGAGGGGAUUUCAGUAAAGCCCUCACCUGCGAGAGGUUCGUCCUGACACCGGGAAAGAACCAAUUCACUGUCACCAAGAGGGACGACCAGCCAGGGAUCUAUAGGAUAAACCAACUGGCAUUGAUUGUCGAGGAGAAAAUAGAAUACAGAUCAGGUGUCAUUAAUCCCAGGUUGUGCUACGAGGUAGCCAAAACUCAGCCCAACAUUUCAGUUAACAGUAGAGACCUAGUGGCAGGUCUUCCCCAGGACAUUGAGCUAGUCAUAUCCAGUGGAAGUGUCAGGAUCGAGGAGGGGGACAGGCUGAAGCUCUGGACAUCCCGCGGACUCGUCUUAAAAAUUGCUGACGGUGAGAAAACCAUGGGGUCGGAGCUCGAGGUGAAAUCCCCAGGGUGUGAGCCCUUCGGAGUUGUCAGGCUUAAGCUCAAGGUCUUUGCUGAUUUACCACCAAAGAAAGACUCUUCGUCUAUGGAACAUAAAUUGAAUAUUCAGGCACCCUGGGGGGUUGAGGAGACGAUUUCCCUUCAUUUUGGGCCACCUCUCAUGUCCUCAAUGCAUCUGCACACUGCCAAGGAGAGGAAAUUCGUUCAGAUUGUCGUGGUUGGACUCACUGGACAGCUUCUCCAGCUCAGAGAACCUGAACUCAUCACCAGCAGUUCUGUUGAUGUGGCUUUUAAGAGUCUCAAUCCAGUGGCUGGGCAGAGUCUCGUUAUUGGGAAUGGAGUGAGGGUAUCGUUCAUGUGGGAGAUGGAACUGGGGAAGGAUGACAGGAGGAGCACUGGAGCUAUCAAGGUCGAUUUCAGGGUUAAGUACUCUCUGGUGGAGGAGACCAGGAAUGAGGUCGACGAUGACCCUCUGGAGAUUAAGAAACUCGAGAGGAAACUGGCGGUUUACUUGUACAGGUGCAAUUUCGAUGUCGUCGAUUAUGCGACAAUGUUCAUGGUGUCGUCGAAAGUGGAGGCCAGUGGAACAGGAGGUGAAUUUUGUCGUGCUGGUAGCAUGUGUCACCUGUGUUUAACUGUUGUUCGAGUUUUAUCCACGACUAAUACCACCCCUCCACCCCAAUUAAUGUAUGAAGUUCUGGCUGAUCAGUCAAUGUGGGCUGUUUGUGGUCGUACUGCAGGAAUUGUCACUCUAGAUACUCAGGACAAACAGAGUGUUAUACUCGACGUUAUGCCAUUGACAAGUGGGUAUCUGCCACUUCCUGUCGUACGAUUGUCACGGUACAUUCCAGCAAUUGAGACUAAAAAUGAUAUCUCGAGGAAGUCUGAGGUCUCCACGGGCCCCAGACUGGAGCCAUUUAGUCCAGGUCAGGUUUAUAAUGCCAGCAAGGCCCAGCAGGUGCACGUCUUGCCGGCAGCUCCUGCAGAAUCCACCUGAUCAUCGAAAAAACCGCCGAAUCUGCAUAAUUCCCACUAGUUUUAUUUAUUUUUUCCUAAUUUCUGUUUCUCCUGCGGUGAAAAAUCGUGCCAUCAGAGGUCUGAUGGACCAAUUCACGUAUAAAAAAAUUGAAUAGGAAAUUUUCUGGGGGAUAAUUUCCUCAUUUCAAAUUUUCUGAUUUAUGUCAUUCCAUUUUUUGUCCUUUCAUCAACAAAAUCACGCAAAUAAUUCUGGAAAAUUUGAGCUGAAGAAAUUUCGUGAAAGAUAUCUCAAUAGAAUAAUUAGUAUUUAAAAAAUUGGAUUCUAUUGACUUUUUUAUGGAAUAUUUUCUAUAUAUUCUUGAGCAUUUUGGUUAUUUCAGAGAAAAACUAAUAGAAAAUCCAAUGGAAUUCUAGCAUUAUUAUUUAAUAAAUAGUCGUACUUUUCCUGUAAAAUUUUUUUACACGUGGAAAUCUGAACUUAGUCAUCCCAACGAAUAAAAACCGCGUACUUUCCUCAUGACAGGGCUUCCACGAGCCUCAAUCCAUGUACAUACGAAAAAAAAUACUCGAUAGGUUUACGAUAAUCAGCAGGACCUGUAAAUCAUAAUCACCAAGUCUCAAACCGAGGUGUGAAAUAAUUUCGUUUAUGUCUGUAAAUUCAUUGGAGAGGAGUGUAUCGUGUUCGAAACAAAAUGCCUUGUAAAUAUUUAUACAUAGAGUGAGGUAUUCCAAAAAAAAAUGAGUACUAACUGAUUCGCAAUUUAAUAAAAGUGGUAAUAGGUAUAUCAUACGAGCGACAUUUAAUUUCCAAUUAUUAUUUAUUUACAACCGCAACAGCAAUCUGAACUCAUAAUUCUUUAAAUUGUUGUUAUCCCAAAUCGUGGCAGAAAUCAGCUGUUCAUGUUUAUUUUAUUAUACAGAAGGAAUCGAAGAUUUUGGAGCUGAAGUUUAUUUAUAAAAAAUUAUAAUUGUUGUGUUAAUAAAUUGGCAUUGGUUGCUGUGUAAGAAGCAGUCCAAA